UUGAACCCGGCGCACGGUUUAUUGAUCUGGAAAUAGAAAUAAGCAAUUGGGAAAUAUUAAUUUUGAUUAUUUUCCAGAGAGAGAUUUUAGCAGCAACCUCUCUAUUUAUUCAUAGAGUUAAGACAGGAGAAAAAUCACAAAAAGAAAGGAAAAAUGGUGCUGUUAGACCAGCUUUGGGACGACGUCGCAGCCGGGCCUCAGCCCGAUCGUGGCCUGAAACACCUCAAGAAAGUGUUCAACAAGCCGAAAGACGGAGAAGGUGGUAGCAAUUACCAGAGGUCUCUGUCGAUGCCAUCCGCUCUUGGGACGCCACCGACACCUGGAACUCCGACAACUCCGUCGCCAACUGCAGCAGCGCAAAGAGAGAAUGUGUGGAGGAGCGUUUUCAACCCUGGAAGUAACCUUGCCACAAAGGGUAUCGGGAGUGAUUACUUUGACAAGCCACAUCCUAAUUCUCCCACUGUUUAUGACUGGCUUUACAGCGGGGACACAAGGAGCAAACAUCGUUGAACCGUUGGAUACCUGAUGGGCUGUUGCAUGUGUAUAGUGUCUUUCUUGAUAUGGGUCUGCUUUGUGUUUUUUAUCAAUUUCAAGGGUUUAUUUAUCUUUAUUUUUCAAAAUUAACUCUCGAGUGACUAUGGUUACUAAAUAAUUUAUAGGUUUAUUUGUUGUCUUUUGUCAUGUUCAGUGUGAAGGAGUAGAUAGUGUGGAAUAAUAUUACGUUGCUGAGUCGAGUUGAUUGGGACGAAACGGUUUAGAUGGCUUCUAAUUCAUAUUUCUAUUAAAUAAGUUGAUUUUGGAUUUUA